AUGUCCCAAAGUGCAUACGACAGGGGAGAUAAGGACUGGGUAGAAGAGGAACUAAGAAGCAGAAGAACAGGGAGGAGACCUCUGUGGGAUGUGCCCCAGAGUUGUCCCCCUCAGGGGAAUGAAAGCAAGGUGUUAAUUAUAUUGUCUGGUCCAUCACUGGUUGGGCUGCUUCCAAAUUGGCUGCAUAGGACAAGCAUCCUGCUGAGACUCGAAAAAGACCCUAAGGCAGAGUGCCACAGGUGCUCACGAGGAGGAACCAUUGAUGAGAACAGUCCAGAGGAAAAACAAAGCACAGAAGAAACGGAAGGGCAGAGCCAAGAAACAGAUGGUGUCGAUGUGGCAACUGUGCCCAGCCCCGCUUCAGAAGAGGCCACUGAAGUCUGUAAAGAUGAAGAUUCUGCAAAGGACGAUAGUAUUACAAAAGACAAUGAAGUAACAGAUCAUUCUGUGUGUGACCAAGAUCAUCCCAAUGGACAAGAGCGUGACUCAGCAAAGAAUGAGAUAAAAAUUGAGGCAGAGUCCCAGAGCUCACAUAUGGAAACUGAAGAGCUUUCACCAAACCAAGAUGAUGCCACGACUGUUGAGCAACCAGAAGUGAUCCUGCUAACAGAUGACCAAGAGGAAAAAGAAGGUGAAAAAGCUCAUGACGAGGACACACCUAGAGUUCCUGUGCAAAACGAAGGCUCUGGCUACACAGAAAACUCUCCGAGUCCUGAUGUUGAAAUGAAUAGUCAGGUUGACAGUGUAAAUGACCCAACAGAGAGUCAGCAAGAAGAUUAACUGAUAGGGGCACAAGAUGAAGCAAAGGAACAAAGAAAUGGAAGUAAAUCACAGUCCUCAGCAUCGCAGGCCUCUCCUGGCCCUGGGGGGGGUGGGUGUAGGAAGAAAGUAGUGCUAGCUGUGGAGGAGGGAGGUGUGGGCAGGGCACGUCCCAGGGAAGGGCCUAGAAUCCUUUGCUCCAAUUUCUCCAGCUGCAUUUUGUUCUGUUCACCUGCAGAAAAAGAAAGAAAAAAAAAAAAAAAGAAAAAAGAAAAAGAAAAAAAAAAGUUUCCUUUAAUUUAGUGACGGGACCCAUGUUAAUGCAUCUUUCAGGCGCUAUCCCUGUAAUUUCUGUUUUUUCUCUCAUGACCUUUCCCAGGGUCACAGUGGCACGGUGUAACCCUCACGUGUGUAUCCUGGCCUCUGUCCGCUUUCUUGAUUAUUUCACAAAGCUGGUCGAUACUGUGGUUUCUUCAAAGAAAGAGAAGAUGAUUGAUAAACAGCAAGCUAAAUUUCAGGUGUUGUCGAGCCCGAUAUCAGAAUAAUCCACAGACAAAGGAGGCAGGGUAGAAAAUGGGCAAAAUGCUCAGAAAUCACUUGGAAAAGGGUCAGGGCGAUGAAUUGAAAAUGAUAUUUUAUUCAGGGAUUCCCAAGAUACAGUUCUGUUCCAUGUGGUUAAUGAGGAAUGUGGAAGCAGGAUUUAAUCCACAGCAGAGUGCAGAGACAUAACAACAAAGGCAGACCCUGGCAGCCAUCAGAGUCUUUUCCUUAGUAGCCAGGAUAGCAGGUCCAUGCUUUGACCCUGACUUUCAGCAAGGCUCACCUAGGUCAUGAGGUCUUUAUUGUGUGCUUCAACAUAGAGCCCACUACUGAGACUCUUUGUGACACGGUUGUAAGGGUUGACCCUUUUCUAAGUGUUUCAGUUAAGAGAAAGGGCUCCUGCGUUCAGAACCCAAAUGUAUGCCAGUAAAUAUUAAAAGUCCUACUUGAAAUUUCUCCUUCUAUAUAUGCUUUUCAUAAAAGAACUUCUUGUCUUUACCCAAGGUUUGACUGCCCGCAGAAAGAUGCUCAUUGAAGUCAGAGGCAGUUUGAGGUCUUGCUUGCAGUUCUGGCUUACUUCUAAAUGGUCUGGUUUGUUCACGCCAAAUCCAAAACUACUUUGAUGGCCCAUCCCCUCUCCCAGAAAUCCCUCGAUUAUGGCCUUGAAGGGGAACAGCAGUAUCAAUAAGGCAAGAUUCCUGGGGUACAGUGGGCACAAGGGAUGAGGAGCCCAGGAGGAAAUCAGAAGUUGUCACAAAUGUCUAUCCCAGAGCCAACAUGAAUAGUGACCCUCAUGAGGCAAAAUGGCCUGAUUCUAAUAGCCUUCCUGGGUUCUAAGAACAAUCUAUUUUUUUCUGAGGAAACUAAUAUAACUUCUCGCACAUCUUCUUAAAUUCAUCCUCCUUAUAAGAUCUUUAAAAUUCUAAGAUAUACAUAGAAAGGGAGAAAAGUAAUGGA